AUGGCGACAUCCCAGCAGCGCAGCGUGCUCUGCGACCGGCCCUUCAUCACGUACCCGACGCGCGACCGUCUGUACGGACUCUGCUGGAGACCCAACGUCAGCUUGCUGCGCAUCGCGGCGUCCACGUUCAUCCCGGGCGAAUACGCCAACAAGAUCGAGAUCUUCCGCCCCACGUCCAACCAGACCGAGGUGGUCUCUGCGCUGGAGAUCGACCACCCGUACCCGCCUACCAAGAUCAUGUGGUCUCCGGCCUCGCUCGGCUCGCGCGUGGAGCUGCUGGCCACCACCGCCGACUUCCUGCGGCUCUGGAAGAUAUCGGACUCAUCUAUCGAGUUGCACUCGAGGUUCACUGAGAAAAAGAAUAACAAUGACGCCUGUGCGCCACUCACGAGCUUCGACUGGAACGAGAUGGAGCCCAACAUCAUCGGGACGUCCAGUACCGGCACCACCUGCACCAUCUGGGACAUCAACUUGCCAACGUCGCCUAAGCACCAAAUCGUAGCGCACGAUACAGAAGUGUACGACAUUGCGUUCUCCAGCAAUGAGCCGAAUAGGUUUGCCUCCGUAGGCGGGGACGGGUCGCUGCGGUUGUUUGACUUGAGGUUAGCGUGGAACAAGCGAGACGACCGCUUCAUUGCAACUUUCGCUGACGAUAGUACCAAGAUUUCCGUGAUUGACCUCCGGCGCCCCAUUUACCCCAUGGCGGUGCUGGACAAGCACAAGGCCGGUGUGAACUCGAUGUCGUGGUCACCUCAUUCGCGGUACGACCUCUGCAGUGCUGGCGAAGACAACACUGCGAUUGUGUAUGAUAUCUGCGCUCAGAUGACGAGGUCUGGGGAGAAUGUGGAGGGGAGCAGCUACACCCUGUUGAAGUCGGAUGAACCGAUUAACCAAAUCCGGUGGUCACCAACUGAGCCGAACUGCAUCGCAAUGUGCGACGAGAAGGCUUUGCAUGUCGUCCAGAUGUAG